GGGCGGGAGCAUCUUGCGCUCGCGCGCCGCGUCCCUUCCUCCCGAGCCUUUUGUGUUUGAAACUCUCAUAUCUCAACAUAUCAAUAAUUCAAGCGCGCGCGAGAGAGAGCAGACGGAGCUCCCCCCCGCGCGCUAUGAGUUCUGCUGCCUCGUCACUCGUCCAGGGCCCCUCCGCACCGCGCGCGACUCCCGCUUAUUGUGUUUCCAAGUGACAGAAAAGCUGCUGAGAAGUGAGAAAAGAGGAAAAGAACAGGUGAAAACUGGCGACUCGACCGGAGAUACGGGGGCAAUAAACUGGUUUUCAAGAAAAAAAGGAGAGAAGCCUAAAAAUAAACCGUCUGGUUCCCCUUCCGCGAAGGAGAAACUGUUCGCAGUAGGCUAAUUAAAUCCAAGAAAAACGGAGUGGCAGAGUUGUAAAACAGGUUCAUCUGGGGCACGACGGGAAACUCUUCCGACCUUACUUUUCUGGGGAAUAGACCCGCGGGUUAAGGUGUGAAGACGACCGAAGAAGUUCAUCGUUCUGGUCCGGUAUGUUGGCGUUUUGCCUGCUGAGUGCCGUGUGGCUCGCGGCGAGCCCGGCCCGCGCUCAGAACGAGACGGAACCAAUCGUCCUGGAGGGGAAGUGCCUCGUGGUGUGCGACUCCAACCCGACCGCGGACCCCACAGGCACGGCGCUCGGGAUCUCGGUGCGCUCGGGCAGCGCCAAGGUGGCGUUCUCCGCAGUCCGGAACACCAACCAUGAACCCUCCGAGAUGAGCAACCGGACCAUGGUCAUCUACUUCGACCGGGUUCUAGUAAACGUUGGGAGGAAUUUUGACGAGGAAAGAAGUAAUUUCAUCGCGCCGCGCAAAGGGAUUUACAGUUUUAACUUCCACGUAGUGAAAGUCUACAACCGCCAAACUAUACAGGUGAGCCUGAUGCACAACGGCUGGCCGGUGAUUUCAGCGUUUGCUGGCGACCAGGAUGUGACGCGUGAGGCGGCCAGUAAUGGGGUUCUGAUCCAGAUGGAGAAGGGAGACCGGGCCUACCUCAAACUGGAGAGAGGAAACCUAAUGGGAGGAUGGAAAUACUCCACCUUCUCCGGCUUCCUGGUGUUCCCCAUGUAGAGGAAGAGCGAGAGGAAGAGGAGGAGCAGGGGGUGGAAACAAGGAGGAGGAGCUGGUGGAGGAUGGAAAGUGUGAUGAUGACGACAGGGGAAAAGGCAGUCGGAGGAAGAAGAGGGGUGUGGGAAAGAGAAAAGGACACGGAUAAGAUGGUGGAAAAGAAGAAAAAGCAGAGGAAACGUAACAACGGACUCUGUUCGGGAUGCUGCAGAGGGAGGAGGGAAGAGGAAGGAUGGGGAUGUUAGAGAGGUGUAUGAGCAUGACAUAGAACGAUUAUACAAUGGUAAAAUGAGAGAAGAAAUAUGAAGCUGGUACAUGAAAGUGUAUGGCCAGCUUCUUCACUUCCCUUCCUCCUUUCACCCAUCCUUUCAUCCACCCUUUCCUCCCUCUGUUUUCUCUGUGGCUUGACUGCAGCUUUGGACAGCCAAAACUUUUUUUAUUCUCAGCUGAAAGACGCAAUUGAUCAUUUAUAUGUUCCAGAGUGUUCUAAAGCCCGAGUGUAAAGCCCCCUUUCCCUCCUCCACAUUCAUUCAUUCAUGACCUCUAUUAACAUAAGCUUUGAAGAAUGUUUCUUGAAGAACUGCUCCCCUCCCAUUUACUGUGGCUUUAUUUGUAGUUUUUUUCCCAUGCUUGACAUCAACUGCACUGAUUUUGGAUCAGCCUCUAUCCCAAAGCCAAACCAGAAUUUUUAUAGGGGAAAUACUCAACUCUGAUCACAAAAUCAGGUGCUUGGGACACAUUUGCAUUCCCUGUAAAGCUGUGUUUUAUAGUUCUCAUAAUAAUUAGCUUUUAGGAAAACUCUGAUACCAAGACAGUUUGUUAUUGUCCGGUGUUGAAGUCCUCCACCACACAACCCAUGUGCGGUACAAAAAGUACAACCCAGCCUCACUCCCAACUCGUCAAAUUCCAGUCAGUGGCCUGUUGGCAUCAGACACCGACCCACAGAGGCACCCUUGAGCAUGAAGACUAUGAGACGCCCCAGGUGGCAUAAUUUUCUGAUGCUCUGGGCAACUGCCAUAGUAUAAAGUAGGAGAGAGUCAGCGCAGGGCAGGUGGGAGUGGAUGGGUCAAACAAACUUGGGACUUUCAGUCAGGAGCCAGCUAACUUUGUCCCACGUGAAACAAAAAGUCAGAUUUAGGGGCACAUGUUAAAUGGUCCUGCAAUGCAAUUAUUCACAUUUUAACUGUAUUGUAAACUAUAUGUAGUUUAUAUUAACAUUUGACUGUUUUAAUUAUUUAAGUAUUUAGCAUGACAGAUACUUGUGGUCCGUGGGAUGUGAGGAUUCUUAAAAUAACAACUGUACAGAUGUGAAGCCUCGACUAUAUCUGACAGAUCUUUGAUUAAACCUGUUGUUUUGGGUUUUUUUCCUCUGAAAAUAUUAAUAGUCAGACACAUUUAUUUAGCCUCUGUAGUUAAGGCAACAGCAAACUGAUAUGAUGCUGAUUUACAUGAGAAUUCAUGUAAAAUGGAGGUUGAACCAUGAACAUAAAUUAAAGAGCGCCUGUAAAGCAUUUUAAUAAAUUAAUCCAUCAUAAUUAAAACAACUGGGGGCUAAGAACAAACUGAUAUAGGAUACUGAUAAUAUUUUAAUGACUGUAAUGUGUGUAAGUAAUGCCCAAUUUAUUGAGUUAUAGUCGUGUCCUUAUUUACAAACAUUUCUGUUUUUGAACAUGUGUAGCCUGUUAUAUAGAGAUAUAUUAAUACAUUUUUGUUCAGUCACAAAAAAGUCUAUACAUGGGAUUUAUUUCUUGUUAUCUUCAGGAACAGAUGAGUAGGCACUAUUCAUCAACUUAUAUGACAUGAAUAUGACAGCAGCGUUAGUUCAACGUUUCCAUGGCAACGAGUACAACAGUCUGCGAAGGUUGUCUAUCAGCCGCUUGCAGCCUCUGUUCACGCAGACUUUACGUGAUGACAGUAAAUACGUCACACUAUGUACAGCUGAAGUCUGUGAGGGCUCAGUCUGCAAGUCCAGAGGGUGGAUAUUUAGAUUCAGCCUCCGACUUGACCGCAGCUUGUUGUCACCGCCUCCUACUACAGCUGCCUGCUCUUGUCCACUUUCCAGGUGAUGCGCAGUUCAUCUCUAAAGGGCCCACUGAUAAGUGUAGAUGAUGCGAUCAUUGCGGUUAACUAAUCACUCACUCUGGACUUUCCUCCUCUCACUCACAUUAGCCUACACUGGCAGACUCCUUGUUUGACAACAUAACAAAAAAAAAGAAAAAAAAAAAAAGAGAGUAGUUAUAAACUUUACUUGCACUGACUCUCCAGCUUUUUUUUUUACCUACAUUAUAAGUUUAUUUUGAAAAAGACUGUAUGCAUUAAUCUAGCAGCUACUCCUACUGCAAAACUGAUGCAGGAGGAGUACCUAGUUGGUCAUAUUUUGGUGUGACGUGCCACUGAUCAGGCUUCAGUAUUUGAUGAGCUGGGAGUAAGAAUGCGUUGAAAUGUAGCGCUCUCUACUAUACUCCAGGCAGCAGUUAUGCUUCUGUACAAAGUGUAAUCACUAAAACAAACGAGUAGUAUAGAAACUAAAGGAGACAGGAGGAGACAGAGUUGGUAUCUGCCAUCUAGAACACUGAUACUCAACUUGUAGCUUGUGGGCCAGAUCUGGUCUGCAAUAGGAUUCCGACUGGCCCACCUACCAUUUUCUUAUUCACAAUGAAAAUAAACUGAUCAUUUUUUGUACUUUGAAUGUAAAUAAUGUACUAGAGUACAUGAAAAAAGCAUCAAAGUAGAGCUUGUUUAUCAAAAAGUGACUGGGGUGGUUGCCCUGGACCCCCCAACAGAGGUUUCUGCUAAGCCCCAAAUGUCCUGAAAUCCUAGAGGCACCCCUUCAUACACCUGACCUGCACAAGGCUGCUUCCACUGGAUUUGCCUCUCGGCAAGGAUGAGUGAGGACAUCAAAAGUUGAGAGACUGGAGACAGGCAAUUCAUUUAUUAUAUAUAUAUAUAUAUAUAUAUAUAUAUAUACACACUGAUAAACAUUAUUAAUGUUUGUUUCUUAGCUGCCUUUGGGCAUCUGUGAUUUUGCAAAAGUGUCCCCUGCGCAAAGCAAGUUGAGUAUCCCUGAUUAAUAUGCUGCAAGCACAAUCUUUCCAAAAACAUUACAGAAAAAUGCAAUUUUACAUUUCUCUACUGAAAAUGUAUGGAGCAAAAGUAUGACGUAUAUGUACAGGUUACAAUAACAGGAAUUUCAGGUAAACUGUUAAAUGUAGACGUAAUAAAACCCCUAUCUCCAGCCGUGUACGCAAUACUUAACUCUCUUGUGACUAUACCACGUGAACCUAAGUUUGGUAACAAUACAAGUCACACUGAAAGUAUUGCUGUACCUUGCUCCUUCAGUGUUUUUGUCAUCUCUCUGGUAGCUACGCAAAUAUUCGAACCACCCCCCCCAUCCUGUCCCACCAUCCUCUGUCCACACCUUCAUCUCCCCCUCCCUCAGGCUGUUUCUCUCCCUCUAUCACCGCUGCUGUUUCUCAGAUUUGUAGGCCUCCCUCUCUAGGAUCCUCUUCUCUCUUCAACUAUGCUGUUUACCCACAAGUGCAGAUUUCUCUCUCUUCUUUUUUGUAUACUUCUGUUAUCCCCUCACUCACCUCUCUCUCUUCCUUCCCUCAAUGCUCCAUCUCCCUCUCCUUCCUCAUGUCUGUACUUUAUCUGCUGCUGUACUCGUUUGCCUCCCAGCACGGAUCCUUCCUUGCUUUUCUUCAAUGUUGGACUUUGGACACUGAAACCAACUUACAACCACGAACUCUAUAAUAUAUAUAUACAUAUAUAUGUAUAUGUACAUACAUAUAUACAUAUAUAUAAAUUUACACAGUAUAUAUACAAAUGGAUAUAUAAAUAUAUCGAAAUCUAAGCCACCAUUUCUAUUCUACUGGUAUUAUGAUGAUAAUAAUGAUAAUACUAAUACUGAAAACUGAAUCUGGUUGAUGACUAUAAUAUCUGUAUUUCCGUACUUCAGUGUUAUAUAAAAGAAAAAAAUAUUCUAAGAGAAACUUACUAGUGAUUGUGUGUGGAAAUCUGAGGCUGCCGUUCUGCUCUUCUGAUUAAAAACAUGCUUCUUGUUUUUGUUUUGGGUCAAACCAAGUUGUGGCGAAAAAGCUGAGACUACUACUUAUAUAAAAAACC